UUUUUUUUAGUUGCACAACGUUUUAUUUUGCAACUGUUUGGGACUAAUGAUUACACUCCGGAGUGUGGUCUUUGCCGACGUCAUUUCUGUGCGACGUUGUUGUCGCUCCACUUGGCGCUCAGACGGAGGGUUUGGUCAGGCGGAACAUCAAGUGGUGUAUGUAUAGGUGUUUCUGUGGACGGUAGUGUAUCUGCUGCAGCAUGGAGUCUGUGCCAGAGCCCAGGUCUGUCAGACGUUCCCCUCGCACGUCAAAUUCGCCGGACCACAACGCAGCCAAAAAGGAGAGCGGCAAGACCCGGAAGAAGACGAGCAACCUGCAGGAGACUCGGAGGAGAGGAAGAAUGGACAGAAGUAAAGGAGAGGAGGACAUAGCCAAUCAACUGAACAACCUGGAUCUAUGUAACGAGGCUUCAGCCACGGGGACUGGUCUGGUGUUUGACAGCUUGUUCACACACCAUCGCUGUCUCUGGGAUCCCAGCCACCCAGAAUGCCCAGAGAGAGUGAGCACUGUAAUGGACAUGGUGGAGAAACAGGGACUGCUGUCCCGCUGUGUUACAGUGGAGACGAGGGCUGCGUCUAACGAAGAGCUGCACUUAGUUCACACGAAGGAGUAUGUAGAUCUGAUGAGGUCCACUCAGCAUAUGGACGAAGACCAGCUGAAGACGCUGGCUGACUCCUAUGACUCAGUCUACAUCCACCCUGAGUCAUAUACGUGUGCCAGUCUGGCUGUGGGCUCUGUUCUGCAGCUGGUUGAUAAGGUCAUGACCUCAGAGCUCCGGAAUGGAUUCUCUGUUGCUAGACCUCCAGGCCACCACGCCCAGGUCGACCAGAUGAAUGGUUACUGUAUGUUCAAUAAUCUGGCCAUUGCAGCGCGCUACGCACAGACACGCCAUCGAGUGGAACGAGUUCUGAUAGUGGACUGGGAUGUGCAUCACGGCCAGGGGAUCCAGUACAUUUUCCAGGAGGAUCCCAGCGUUCUGUACUUCUCAGUCCACAGAUAUGAGGAGGGUUUGUUCUGGCCCCAUCUGCCCGAGUCAGACAGCAGUGCUGUGGGCACCGGUUCUGGGGAGGGAUACAACAUCAACCUGCCCUGGAAUAAGAUUGGAAUGAAAGAUGCAGACUACGUUGCCGCAUUCCAGCAGCUUCUUUUGCCUGUAGCCUACGAGUUCCAGCCUCAGCUUGUCCUGGUGGCAGCAGGCUUCGACUCUGUGAUAGGUGAUCCCAAGGGAGAGAUGUCUGCCAGUCCUCAGUGUUUCUCUGUUCUGACUCACAUGCUGCUGGGCCUGGCUCAGGGGAAGUUGCUGUUGGUUCUCGAGGGAGGAUAUAACCUACAGUCCACAGCAGAAGGGGUAUGUGCCUGUCUGAGGUCACUAUUGGGGGAGUCCUGCCCCCGCUUGGGGUCACCAUCCAUCCCGAGUGACAGUGCCCUGAAAUCCAUGUCCAGGUCUAUCUCUGCUCUGUACCCUUACUGGACCAGUCUGCAGGUACUGGGUAAAACAUUGGGACAGGUGAACCCUCACCCAUCAGGUGAGAAAGCUCAAUGAAGAGACAGCCUGGACCUGAACGGGCCUGUGGGACAGAGGAUGAUGGAACAUCACAACAUGUGGGACAGCCACCACCCAGAGCUUCCCCAGAGGAUCCAGUGUAUCUUCUCUCGUCAUGACGACCUGGGCUUGGUGUCCCGUUGCCUGAGGAUACCGGCUCGACUUGCCUUAGAGGAGGAGCUGGCUCUGUGCCACAGCUUGGAGCACAUAGCCAAGAUCAAGGCCACAGAGGGAAUGAAGACGAGGGACCUUCACAGACUGGGAGAUGAGUACAACUCUAUCUUCAUCAGUACUGAGAGCUACAGGAGCGCCCGGUUGGCCGCUGGGGCCUGCUUUAAUGCAGUACAGGCUGUUCUGACGGGACAGGUCCGUAAUGGCGUGGCCAUCGUGCGCCCCCCUGGUCACCAUGCCGAGAAGGACGCUGCCUGUGGGUUCUGUUUCUUCAACACCGCCUCCCUGACUGCCCGAUACGCCCAGUCCAUCUCCCAGAAGCCCCUGCGGGUCCUCAUCCUGGACUGGGAUGUUCACCAUGGCAACGGAACACAGCACAUCUUCGAAGAGGAUGACAGUGUCCUCUACAUCUCCCUGCAUCGCUACGAGGAUGGGACCUUCUUCCCUACUUCCGAGGACGCUCACUACAACAGAGUGGGCGAGGGGAAGGGAGCAGGGUUCAACGUCAACAUCCCCUGGAACGGAGCCAAGAUGGGCGACGCGGAGUACCUUGCAGCUUUCCACUCAGUGGUCAGGCCCAUCGCUAGAGAGUUUGACCCGGGCCUGGUUCUGGUAUCGGCAGGGUUUGAUGCAGCCAGAGGGGACCCUCUAGGAGGGUACCAAGUGACCCCCCCGGGCUAUGCCCACCUCACCCACCUCCUGAUGGGCCUGGCAGGCGGCAGAGUAUUGGUCAUCCUGGAGGGUGGUUAUAACCUGACUGCCAUUUCGGAAUCUAUGUCUGCCUGCACCAGCAUUCUCCUGGGAGACCCCGCUCUGCCCCUGCCUCCCUUGCCCCCACCUCACCCCAACGCAGCAGUCAGCAUCAACAAGGUCAUACGCACCCACUCCGCCUAUUGGCUGUCCCUCAGGAUACAACUACCAGAGUCUCUCCGUCUGUCUCUGCCAAACCCCAAACCCCGAGGGAAGAGGACUUCUAAGGGCAAGAAGUCUCCCAGACAGGGUAACCAGGGCGGGGCCAGCCCUGGUCAGGGGUCACAUCGGGGCGACCUUGACCUAGAUGACCUCACAAAGGGACUGGUGUCACUCGACCUAAACCAAAGUACCUCAGCCAAUCCCAGCCCAGCGUCCGUCCCCGUGGGUGGAGCCAGGUCGAAGGUGAGGCUCAGUCCUACGAAGAGCCCAGUUGUUAAAGAGGUCAAGACGGAAGCUGUUCCAAAUACGCCCGAGAUUCUCCGACCAACGCCGGCGGUCGCCAUGGCUACCUCAGACCCAGUUACCAAGGGAGACCAGGAGAGCGGUGCGGUGGAAGGGGCGUCUGGUUGCUCCAAGGAGCCGGUGUUUGAGCUGUUCUGUGGAAACCAGGAUGUGGACGGGAGCUCCAUGUACGUGGUAGAUCCCCUGUCCUGGUGCCCCCACCUAGACUCAGUGAGGCCUGUUCCUGUUGGAGGUAUAGAUGUGUUUCGGCCCUGUGAGGACUGUGGAACCGACACUGAGAACUGGAUCUGUCUCUGCUGCUACAAGGUGUACUGUGGUCGCUAUGUCACCUCUACCAGCACAUGUUACCACCCACGGCGUGGCGGUGUGAAGAUAGCACAGGGCCAGUUAGUCUGA